AUGGUUGUUCGUUCAAAAGGAAGAGCGGCGAAAGAGAUCCAUUCGUCGGUGCUCCUGUUCCCGUUCUUACUCUCGAUGUCCACUGACUACGCAGGUCGCUGGCGCGAUCUUGUACGAAAUGCCUUGCCUGAAUGGUCAAGAGCCUCUCGAAAGACCUACCAAGAUGUCGAGCCGCUCUCAUACCAUGAUCCUCACCCGCUCUCAGGAACUCUCAAGAGAGCGUCUAGUGAUCUACCCCACCCAGCUGCUCGCGCAUCCAAGAGGCCGGUAAUCGAUUGGUCCGCAGGAGAUAGUCUGGAUGUUGUUUCCUCCGUGCCCGCUGUUUCCAAUCAAAUUUGGAAUGAUGCCACGAAAGCGAUCGCGAGUCCUCCAGAACAGGAUAUGGACAUUCUGCACUCUACCGGUAACAGAGUCAACAGCGGUGAAGGUGACGCCGCAAAUGUCAUUGCAUCGCCAUCCGACACACCUGGCGUUCAUCAGCAUGCAUUAAGCCAGGCUUCCGCUGCGGUACAAUGGACAGACUCUCCCAUUCAAUCGGAAACACGUUCAGAGGUCCCUGCAACGUCGAGUGGCAAUCUGUCGGAGAAGUAUACGUGCAGCAACGAACAGGUGUUAUUUCCUGCCCAGCCUGUGCUCUCAUCGGACGUGCCCGCAUCGUUGACCGUGGUGGAGUGCAAGGAACAACCUGUCUCACUUCUUCCAUCCACGUCCGUCACAUCUCCAAGUGGUAUCAUUUCGGCACCGCCAGCCUUGACCGAGUUAUCAACUUUCGCAGACAACGAUGAAAAUUUGAUUUGGAGCAUAAACAUGCAACUGGGAGACAGUGAUGGGAGUGGCGAUAGCCAGACGGAGGACACGGAGGACGAGGACGAAGAAGGAGACGAAGAGGAUGAGGAUGGGGACGAAGGCGAGGAAGAAGACGAAGAGGCCGAGAAUGAGGACGAGGAUGGCGACGAGGAGGAAGAAGACGAAGGGUACGAGGAAGAUGAAGAGGACCAGGAGGAUGAGCAGGACGAAGAGGACGAGGAAGAUGAGGAAGACGAGAAGGACGGGAGGGAGGACCCGAGCAAUGACGAUAGCGACGGCAACAAUGACAAGGUCGUCAUCGUUGGCAAUAACAGCAGCGAUGACGACGAGGACAGUAACAACAGCGACAGUGUUGGCGGUGGUGGUAGCGAUGACCGCAGGGAAUUUUCCAACAGCACUGCUGAAGAAAAGGAGAGUCAGAAUGAUGGCAUGGCCAUCGAUGAAGAAUAUGACCAUGGCUACGUCUCCGAUGAAAUGGAUCUCGAUACCGCAGCAGACGGGGUCGCAUCUGUUGCAGCGGGGAGUGCGCCUCAGAGUGGGACGAACAAGCGUUCGAUUUUCGAAGUCAAUUUUUUGGAAUCUGCUCCACCUGCCAGCUAUCCGGCAACCAUCCCUAGGGGUUAUCCUCAUCUAAAUUUUUGCGUGCUGUCCAUUGAUUCCGUAUUUUAUGUCCUGGAGAAUGAUGCUUUCCGCGAUCUAAGUGUGGGAAAUCAAAAUGCACCGGCCACUAAGAAAGACAUACAAGCCUUAAUUACAAUGCAACAGGGCCUUGCUCAGGAAAUUGCACGUCUCCGCAGGAUUCCGGAGUCUUCUUCAGCGGAAGAUUCUUCCAGCUGCACGCAGAAGAAAUAUCGCGGUAAAGUCGCUCACAGACCCGGUCCCAAACUGAACGUACAGAGCAAGAUUCGCCUGCACGCUCUCGAAAUGCUUGGCCGUGAAACAAAGCGGAGUCCCAUAUUAGGUGCUUCCGACAAGGAAGUUGCAUUAUUUGAGCGCCACAAACAUCCUGGGCCAUCGAAAGAGUAUUUCCGUCCUCAUUUCAAUGGUACUCCUCGAACACCGUGGAACAGGCGUCUAGCUGAAGUUUUCACGAAUGACUUCAUUUCACUCGGAUGGUCGAAACGCAAGGAUUUUUCUGAGAUAUUUAACAUGUUCUGUACGCAUUUCGAGACCCUUAACAAGCAGUACAAGAGACAGACCCGAAGCGCGAAGAAGCCUAGCCAGGCCGAAGAGGACAAGACUGCUGAGGGGCAUCGGGAUCAGAGGCGUCGGAAUCUGAGGACGAGGCGAUUCGAGGCGAUUGGGCAACACAUUGAUGUUAUCCGGUACAAGGAUCUAUGGAAUACGAUUCCUCCUGGGGCCAUGUCUGGCGACGAAUCCGAUCAUAGAUCAGGCAAGCUGCGUUACGUGGUUACUAAACUACCGUGGCGGUCAGCGGAGGCCGAACGAUGGCUAUGUACCUUUGACCUCCUGCACCUCAAAACUCGGUUUCACGAUAACGGCAAACCUAAACGAGGAGCCUUCCCUCAUCACCGCAUCAGAGGAUCCUCGAGGAUAGAGCGCAAUGACGACCCGGUGUCCGGUUUGCCUAGGAACUUUUAUGAUGCUACGUGGCUGAGUGAUCAGUCUGAGGACCAUAUACGGGCGUUGGAUAUACAGCCCAGUGUUGACCUCACCCUGUCGCAGGACUGUUUGAGAGAGGCCGCAAGGUUCGCACGCAUAACUAAUCGACGCACGCCACCUCGUCCCAGGGACUAA